CAGGCGAUGAUAACGCAGCCCCGCACACUCGCUCCAUCAAUCGGCGCCUCUUUUUUCUUUGAGUGUAACUCGCGUGCCAGCUUCUGCUUAACCGCGAAAUGAAUCUCUUUAAUCCCGCAAUCAUCGUCGCCCUGGCGCUACUCGCCAUUCCUUACGCACAGGGAUUUGGAGAAUCAGCCACUGGGAUCACAAAUCUCACUGAAAUUGUUCAACAGUGCAAACGAGAGGCGCAGAUUUCACGUGCUGAGCUUCAGGCAUUAAAGAAACCUUACCCAUUUCCAUAUAAAAUAAGGUGCUACAUGAAAUGCUACGCUGAAAAAAAUGGGCUUUGGUCAGAUGGCAAGCCGAACGAUAACGCCGUCAUCAGUACAAUUAGGAGCGACUACUACUUCCAUCAAGACAGUGCCAAUAAGCUCGUAGCUAGAUACAACAAUUGCAAAAAUCUAGUGGGAACUGACGACUGCGACACGGUGGGUUUGAUUUACGAGUGCCUGUACCCACAGCAGCCACCGUUGGAGCCCAUCAAAGAUUGAAAAAGGGGCCUUUUGAACUUUCUGCUGCUGAUUGUAGCCACGGAGAAAACGUUUUUCCAUAAUUUAUUCAAUAAAGUUGGCAUUUUUCAGCAAACGAAAUAUAAA